CUAGUAUUAUAUUAUACACGAAGCUGAAAAUUGAAAUGAUCUUCCUCCUCGGCUUCUACUUGUCUCUCUUCCUUUGGUACAAACUGACACUUUUCUAAUUUUUUCUUCUCUCUUUCUCAUUUACCAAAAACGGCAAUUGGGUAUUUAUCAGAGCAAAGCCAAGCUAGGGUUUUCCUUUUCCGGUAAAGUUCCAUACUUUCUCCUUCGUUACCAUCGAAAUAAAAAAAAAAUCUCAGCUUUAUCUUCUCUUUUGAUUGCUGCUUCUCGUUUCUUCGCUCCUUCAAUUCUAUUCGGCGUCUUCUUUAGUUCCCUCGAGAGUUGCAGUUGGUGAUUGAGAUUAUUAUGGAGGAGGUCGAUUGCUCUUUAGCGGUCACAAAGACCACAGCGGAAACCUCAGAUGCUUGUCCGACAGAGGACGCCAUUCGAGCUUUGUUAGAAAACUUAGUCGACCCUUUGCUUCCAUGGAUACCUGCUCCAAAUGAGCUUCCUUUGAAGUCUGCCCGGGAAGAUGUGGCGAAACAGGUUCAUGCUGUUGUGUUGCUGUACAACUAUUACCACAGGAAAGAGCAUCCUCACCUGGAAUGUUUGACUCUUGAGUCAUUCCGUAGCUUGACCACGGCUAUGAAACCUGCUCUGCUGCCGCAUUUCAAGGCCUCUAGCGAAGCUGAACGAUAUGGUGAUUCAGAACAUACUGUAUUGCUGGAGAAGGUUAUUGCGGAUGCAUGUAGUAUAUCCAUGAGCCUGGACGAGUCUUCAGAUUUUUCAGUCUUGAAGAAGUGGCCCAUAAGGAAAGUUGCAGUUCUGUUAGUUGACUCAAAGAAGAGUCAUUGUUAUCUUCAACACAGUUACAUCACAAAAGGUGUGUGGUCACUACUUGAGAAAACCAUCGAGAAAGAGAAAACUGCUGCAGGAGAUCAGAAUGAAGAGUCCAUCUUUCAAAAAGUUGCAUUUGCAGCUAUUAAGGAGUCCACAGGUGUUAAUCACAAUGACUUUGUGAUCUUGGAGAGGCACUUGGUGUACUCUUUGAGUGAAGAGAAGACAGCGACCCGUUUUUACAUAAUGAAGUGCACUUCAGAAGAUAAAUUUUCGGCAGACUUCCCUGUCGAAGAAGCAGUUAAUGGCAUGCAAGGUCCUCUAUUUGAGAAGGGCAUCUCUGAAUGGGCUACAAAUUACAUAGUGGAAUACUUUCAUGUUCUUCCAUAUGCUAGCCUUAUAGCAGACUGGUUUUCCAGGCGAGAAGACACUGAGUUUGUGAUAGAGAAAGAGGCAGAAGCUGUAUGUGAUGAUUUUGAAAGCAAUGAAAGGGAUUGGGAAGUUUUCGACAUUCCUGGAAGAGGAGAAUAUACUACUUGGAAAAGAAGUAGUGAUACAAAUGCCAAGAAAGAUGCAGCUCCACUUGGCAUUCCCAAAGCUAGAAAAAAAGUGACUCCGAAGAUAUUACAAAAUCGUUACUUGAGAGGAAGGACCACUGCUGCAAAGGAACCCAAUGCCCAGUUGGAGACAGUAGUUGCGUUGAAGGCUAAGAACGCAGAUAAUGGAAAGAGUCCUUGUAAGGAGAGUUAUUCCAAUGGAGAGAGAGGUGGUUCGGAGGUUGAGUCUGACUCAAAGGAUCACAGAGAAAGAAGUAACAAGAGGAAGAAAGUUGUUGCUGACAAACUUAACAGCAUUCUUAAGCUUACUGCAGCUUCUGUUUCUGCUCAUAACUCUAAUCUAAACCUUGGGGAGCUACAGACGACUCUUGUUUCUAGAGCAACAUCACUAUCCGAAACUGCACUAAAAGUUCUUCUUUGCAAACGAGAUAGCCUGACUCUUCAGCAGCGGCGCAUAGAAGACGAGAUUGCUAAAUGUGAUAAGCGCAUCAAGAGCAUCAAAGGUGAUUGGGAGCUGCAACUAGAAACAGUACUUGAGUGCUGUAACGAGGCAUACCCGAGCCGUAUCUUUCAAGAAUCUCCUGACAAGUCAGCAUGUCAAAGCAACAAGAGGGUGAAGCUCUGUGAACCUCGACCUUUUACCAAAAGUACGUGUCAGAAACUUGAUGAAAUAUGUCUCGACAACAAUUGGGUACUACCAAACUAUCGUGUCGCUCCAUCAGAUGGUGGAUUUAAAGCUCAAGUAAGAAUAAAGGAGAGUCAUUUCGCGUAUAAAUUGUGUGGAGAGGAGAAGUCCGAUGCUGAGGAAGCGAGGGAAUCCGCGGCUGCUUGCUUGCUAACUAGGUUACGCCACAACACAACAGCCAACUUCUCAUGAACCAAACUAACAACUUCCACAUGCGUACAAAAGGCUCUAGUUAAAAAGUAACCCUGUUUUUGUUUUUGUACGAGUAUUUUGGAGGGAAUGUAUCAAAACAAUUGCACAGUUUUAGACUUUUCAAUGAUGCAUCACAAGAAAUCAAAGAUAUUCAGUAUCAAAAGUUAACCUUAAA